AUGCCGCCGCGCGCUGCGACUGCGAAGCCGUCGUGGCUCAGGGACGCGCUCCUCUUCACCGCGGGCGCCGUGGUGGCCACCGUGGCGCUGCAAGCGUUCGCCAAUCCGUUCGCUCAGCCGGAGGCUUACUACGACGACGGAGCAGUCCUGUCCUCCGGCUCUGCUGGCUCAUCAUCCGUGGGUAGUGGUGGUGGUGGUGCCGCCCGCACGUUCUACGACGACCCGGCGCUGGCGUACACCGUGGACCGGCCCAUCACGGGGUGGGACGAGAAGCGCGCCGGGUGGCUGCGCGCGCACCCGGAGUUUGCCGGUGGCGACGUGGAGCGCGUCCUCAUGGUGUCCGGCUCGCAGCCGACGCCGUGCCGGUCCCCGGGCGGAGACCACACGCUGAUGCGGCUGCUCAAGAACAAGGCCGACUACUGCCGCCUCCACGGCGUGCAGCUGCUGUACAACAUGGCCCUGCUGCGGCCGUCCAUGGACCGGUACUGGGCCAAGAUACCGGUGAUCCGCGCCGCCAUGGUCGCGCACCCGGAGGCGGAGUGGGUGUGGUGGGUCGACUCCGACGCCGUGUUCACCGACAUGGACUUCCGCCUCCCGCUGCGCCGGUACCACGCCCACAACCUCGUCGUCCACGGCUGGCCGAGCCUCGUGUUCGAGGCCAGCUCCUGGACCAACCUCAACGCCGGCGUGUUCCUCAUCCGGAACUGCCAGUGGUCGCUCGACUUCAUGGACGCGUGGGCCGCCAUGGGGCCCGAUUCCCGGACUACCAGCACUGGGGCGCCGUGCUCAAGUCCACAAGGGCAGCCGGCCGUGGCGGGACAGGGUGUUCCUGGAGAGCGACUACUACUUCGAGGGCUACUGGGCGGAGAUCGUGGGGCGGCUCGGAAACAUGACGGACGGUACGAGGCGAUGGAGCGCCGCCCGCGGGCUGCCGCGCUGCGGAGGCGCCACGCGGAGAGGGAGCACACGUCGUACGCGGCGGCGAGGGACGCCGCCCUGGCCGGGGCCGGGCUGGCGGAGACCGGGGUGCACGGGUGGCGCCGCCCGUUCGUGACGCACUUCACGGGAUGCCAGCCGUGCAGCGGGCAGCGGAACGAGCACUACUCCGGGGACAGCUGCGACCAGGGCAUGCGCCGCGCGCUCAACUUCGCCGACGACCAGGUGCUGAGGGCGUACGGUUUCCGGCACGCCGGUCCGCUCAGUGACGACGUGCAGCCACUGCCGUUCGAUUACCCUACAAAGGCAGUGACUAGCUGA